AUGCAGUCGGCUGCCGUCAAGUUCUUCAGUGCGAAGCAGUUCGCGGUCGCCGGCGCAUCCUCGACUCCCUCCAAGUUCGGGCAUCGCAUAUUCAAGUGGUAUCUCAACCACAACCUGCCAGCCACACCAAUAAAUCCAAACUGCUCACACGUCAAAGUGCGCGGCGCAGAGUACGAGACUGUCGCAUCGCCAUCAAAGCUAUCAGAUCCGACAAAGACUAGCCUCUCGAUCAUCACACCUCCACCUAUCACCGCGAAGCUCCUACAAGAAGCCAAAGAGUCUGGCAUAUUGGCAGUAUGGCUGCAGCCCGGUACCUUCACAGAUAAGGAGCUGAAUUACGCGGUCGAGAACUUCCCAGGCGGCGCGGUGGGAGGUUACGUGGAGGGCACAGUCGGUCGCGAGGGAUGGUGUGUUCUCGUUGAUGGAGAUACCGCCCUACGCGCUGCGAAAAGGAAUGACAUCGCAUCUCUAAGACUACGCAUCCGCGCGAACCCGCUGUGA